AUGCGUCAAGUCUUCAGUCUAUCCUGCAUUUCUCGCGAAGAACACGAAGAUGGUGGUUCAAAGCCCUUGUUAGGGAAUAUGUGGCGUCAGCACCAUCUUCAUACGCCAAAAAACACAAUGUCUAGUGCGGAUCGAUCAUGUUUAGAACGAAAGAGGUCGUGGUUCAUCCUCACCUGGGGGCUGGGAGCCGUUCUGAGUUUCGUUCUUCUUGCUAUCUCUAUCGCUAGCCUCUUCCAAAUUAGCAACCACCAUACUCAGUACGACGUACUUCCUGGAAGGCAGUCGCUUUACACUUGUGGCCCCACGGCCGCUACAGCUCGUGAGCAGGGUUGCCAUUUCGACCUCAUGUCAGCCAGCUGGGUGCAAACGGAUUGCUUCGACAAGGAGCUAAUGCACGAAUAUGUCCAUGCUGGCUUCCAUGAGAGGAACUGGACCUUUUGGAGGGAUAAUGAGGGCGAGGUUGGGGCUCAAAUGCCAAAGGACGAGGUUCUUCUAGGUGAAUGGGAGGUUAUAUGGGCAUCUGGGGACUUUCACUAUGCCCACUGCGCUUACUUUUGGGAGAAGCAAUGGACGCAGUUCCGGGCUGGUGGGUCAGUCGUGACUUUAGACUCACGAAUCCGGUUUGCGCAUCACACCAAGCAUUGCAUCGAUUUUGUGAGGGCCCCAAACAUAACCUACAUCCAAGGUAAAGCAAGCUCCAAGAUACAUCAACGCUUCGGGCUUCUCGAAUGUGUCAUUGGGCCAAUGUAG